AUGUCUAGUAAAGGUACUUCAUCCCUUUUGACAUUACCUGCUGAGCUUGUAUAUCGCAUUCUGGACAAUGUCUCUGAAUUAACAAUAUUAUUUUCACUUCAUAAUGUGUGUAGACGACUGAAUUCAGUUAUUGACACAUAUCACCGAUAUAAGACAUUCACCACACUCAAAUUUGAGUGUAAUGGAAUGGGAGACGAAGGAGUACAGCAUCUCACCAAUGCUCUCACCAACAACACGACAUUAAUGACACUCAAUCUUCAAAACAAUAAAAUCGAUGUCCAUGGGGCACAACAUCUUGCUAAUGCUCUCAUCAACAACAUGACGCUCACCAUACUCAACCUUCGAGACAAUAACAUCGGGAUCCACGGGGCACAACAUCUUGCUAAUGCUCUCGCCAACAAUACGACUCUUACUACACUCGACCUUGGGUGGAAUAAAAUCGAAGACAAAGGUGCACAACAUCUCGCCAAUGCUCUCGCCAACAAAACGGUGCUCACUACACUCAGCCUUUUGUCGAAUAAAAUCGGAGACGAAGGCGCACGACAUCUUGCCAAUACUCUCACCGAAAAUACAACACUUACCACACUCAACCUUGGGUGGAAUGAAAUUGGAGACCAAGGGGCACAGUAUCUUGCCAAUACUUUUACCAACAACACGACCCUCACCACACUCGAUCUGGGGUGGAAUAAAAUUGAAGACAAAGGUACACGACAUUUGGCUAAUGCUCUCACGAGCAAUAAGACACUCACCACACUCAACCUUGGGUGGAAUAAAAUCGAAGACGAAGGUGCACGACAUCUCGCCAAUGCUCUCAUUAACAACACAACACUUACUACACUCAACCUUGGGUCGAAUAAAAUCAGAGAUGAAGGGGCGCAACAUCUCGUCAAUGCUCUCAUCGUUAACACUACCCUAAUUGCACUCCACCUUUGGAACAAUGAAUUCGGACAAAAUGUAAAAGAUGAAUAUAAGGAUGUUCUGAAGAAAAAUGAUAAGUUGCAAGUGGUAUGGUGGUGA